AUGUCGAACGAUCAACAGCAGGACCUGGCGGAGCGCGUCUCUGAGCCCAUUGUGCCACCUCAGGUUGCUAAGGAUAUUGGUGUUUUGGAGCAGCAGUUUAUCCGCGCGGAGGUUGAGCAAUUGCGCCAGUCCAUCGUCUCCUUCCGCCCGCUUUUUGAGAAGCGCGCCAAGAUCGUUUCGCACCCUGAAGUGCAGACCAACUUCUGGAUUCGCGUGCUGUCGAACGCGCCCGGCGAGAUCGAUGAGUACAUCACAUCCUCUGAUGCGGCGAUCCUCGGCUCUUCCUUGAGCAACCUGACCGUCGAGCGAUUCGAAGUCAACGAGAAGGGCGAGGGCGAGCCCCGCAGCGUUCGUUUCACAUUCGAAUUCAACACCGGCGAAACGAACCCGUUCUUCGAGGACAAGAAGCUUGUUAAGGACUUCUACUGGCGCAAGCAGAUUCUGACCACCCCCAGUGGUAAGAAGAGUACUUGGGAUGGCCUUGUUUCGGAGCCCGUUCGAAUCAACUGGAAGAAGGAUAUGGAUGUCACCAAGGGUCUGCUCGAUGCCACCUGCGAUCUGUACGAGGCUGAGAAGAAGGGCGGUGACCGCAAGGAGCUGCCCGAGUUCAAGAAACUUAUUGAGAAGCUUGCCGUGAUCGAGGCUAUUGAUGAGGAGGAGGAAGAGGAGGAUGAUGACCCCAUGGGAGGGUCCUCUGGCCAGAGCUUCUUCAACUUCUUCGGCUACCGUGGAGGUGAUGUGACCGCUGAACAAUCCGCGGCGGCCACCAAGGAGGAGAACGAGAAGCUCGAGAAGAUCCUCAAGGGAGAGAACGUCGAGGAUGAUGAGGCUGAUGAUGACGAGGAUGUCGAUGAUGAUUUUGACCAGAUCGAGUCCUUCCCUGAUGGACCCGAAUUGGCCAAUGCUCUCGCUGAUGACCUCUGGCCCAACGCCCUGAAAUACUAUGUCCAAUCCUUCGACGACACCCCGGAUUUCGAUUUUGACGAACUCGACGAUGAGGAUGAGGAAGAUGAGGAAGACGAGUCGCACCCCCGCAAGAAGACCAAGGUCUAA